AUGUCGACUGUAACUUUCCCAUUCGAUACAAAAGCACACGCCUUUUAAAAGAGGGCUUAUGAGAGGCCUCCUCAGCAUUAGCUCAAUGCAAGUCUUAUUCAAAGAAACAAGGAAAGACUUGAUAAGUUAGAAUUGACAUUCCAACUUUCUGGAGUCUUCUCAUUGCCAGACGGAUGGAAAUCUAAAAUUGAUGAUCCAACAGAGCAAAUGUAUUAAUAUGAGAUAAAAAUGUACAACAUGCAUCUCAAGGGAGGCAAAGUAGUACCCAGAUAACUUAGUGAAGAGGAAAAAGCAGAGGCAGAAGCUGCUAAAAAUAAAAAGGGAGCACCUCCAGCCAAAGAUCCCAAGAAAAAAGGCUAGGAAGAUGAAAUUUCAGCUGAAGAAAAGGAAAGAAUUGAGAGAGAAUAAGCAGAAAAGGAACAAAAGAUGGAGUACUAUAGACAACAGUGGCAAGAAUACUCUAAUCAAGAAAAGUUUGAGAGAUACUGUGAAGAUUCUUUCAAAGAGCCAAGCAUAAAGUUCAUAGACUCUUCUACAGGUAACUAAGAGCCCGUAACUAUUACAUUAAAUGGGGAGGAUUUGCUUAAGUUCGAGGAAGAUGUAUUCGAGAGAUAAGGAGUAUACCUCUAUUUCGAUAAAUUAGCUCCAGCUGAGGAUGAAGAUCCUAAGAAGGGAGGUGCUAAAGCUGCUCCAAAGAAAGGAGGCACUGAAGAAAUGAAGCCAGUUCAUGGAAGAGUCUUUCUCGAUUUAACCUAAUUGCUGAUCCCUGGCAAUAACACUCAGGUUAUGAAGCAACUUAUUGAAACUUACUCUAAAAACCCAGAAGGAGAAGGAAGUCAGGAAUAAGUAUUUGAGCCAUCUCAAACUUACAUCUAUUAUAGUCUCAGUUUAGACUAACCAAUCUACCCCUAUAUUUAUACUGAACAACUAUCACAGGUUGUCUUGAACAAGGCCUUCUACAGCAACACUGCUGUUAGUCUUCCUGAUACCAAUGCUGCUGUCAGAGAGUUCCACAGAACAAUCAAUGUUAUUGUAAAGGAGAUUGGUGUUGAGUAUAACCGUGUCUUUACGGGUGAAGGCACAAUGCAAGGCUCAGAUGACAAAGACAGUCCCAGAGGUUAAAAACCAGGCUCCACGAUAUAUUCAACUCCAGCCUAAUAGAGAGAAAUGAGAGAGUAGAGAAAGGAGAAAUUCCUGAUUGAGUUUAACGUUGGCUCAAAGUAUUCAGUUCUUAGAGAAAAGCUGAAGAAGUCAGUUUUGAGAUUUGUUGUUGAGAAGUACAAGAGAGAAAUAGGCAACAAAAAUCUUACCCAAGAGGAGAGAGCAAAGUUCAAGGCUAAUUUGUAUGUUUAUGUGAACGAGCUGAUGAAGAAGACUCUCUCUGAUGCCAUCGAUUAAAAUAAGGAGCAAAUCCACUAGGACAUUUGGAUGCAGAAGGAUUCCUUAAGAGAUGACAAGCAAAAUAAGAUCAAUAAGAGUUUCAACGAGAACUUUGAGGACAAAUGCAAGAGACUGUAUAAGGAAUUUGACAUUAAAAAUGAUUAAGAAAAUUCUGAAAAGUGGCUACUCAACUGUUUGUACGACUGCAAGUAUAGACCGUAUCCAAUGUACAGAGAUUAUGCUCGAUUUUGUCUGAAAUAUGGUAUGUACCUUCGCGCUGAAUAUUAUCUUGAAAAGUUGAUCGAAGAGUCGGAAUACUCUAAUUUGAAUAGGAUACUUUAAGCCACUCUAUUAGUGCAAAGAGGCAAUUUCAAAGGAGCACUAGAAAUUCUCAAUUAAGUGCUAGAUUCUGAUUGGAAGGACUAUAAAGCCAAUAUACUAAUGGGACUCCUCUACGAUAAAUUAGAAAGACCAGGGUUGUCUAGAAAGCAUUUUGCAAUUGCCAAAUGCAGAAAACUUAGAGAAUUGAAUCUGCUUCCACCAAAGAGUAAUUAGCCAAAGAAUUUUAGAACUAUAUAAGAAGAAUUUAAGAUUUAAGCAGUCGAUUUUAAAAUCACUAAAGAUUAGCAACUAAGUUACGACUAGCAGGAUCUUCUUUACUUUGAAUUUAUUGAAUUCCUUCUGGAAUACUGGGUAUAUGACUUAGCUGAAUUCACUCUUUCCUACAUUAAAGACAACUAGUCCGAGAGAUUCUUAAUGACUUAAGCUAAGAUUAGAGUUCAGCAAAGAAAUUUCCCAGAGGCAGUUUAGUCACUUGACAAGAUCCUUGGAAAUGAUCCAAAGAAUCAAGCGGCUUGGAUCCUUAGAGGUCAUGCCUUUUUUAUGGCUAACAAUCUUUUCGAUAGCGAGGAAAGUUACAUUAAGGCUUUAAGACUGAAACCACCAGUUAAAGAUUAGAUUCUUUAGGAAAGGUUAGGUAUUGUGUAUGCAAGAAGAAAGGCAUGGAAAGAUGCUAAAGUUGUGUUUGCUAAAUGCUGCAAAGAAUUUACUUCUACCACCUCAUGGAUGUAUCUUGGUUUGGCUUUACUCAGACUUGGAGAAUUAAGUUUGGCUGAAGAUGCUUUUACUCAAGCAAAUAUUCUUGAUAACUUCAAUCCAAAGAUCUGGGGAUAUAUGUGCAUAUUAUGCCUUACAGUGGGCAAGGAUAGAAAAUUCUAAGCAUAGAUAUGCUUCCGUGAAGCUCUAAAAACUGGCUUAAAUGACACUGAAAUUCUUGAAGAAAUAGGAGAUUUAUAUGUGAGAGAAGGAUAUUAUGAUUAAGCUACUGAAAGUUUUGCUCAACUAAUCAAGAUUGAUCCUAAGCAUGGCGAGGGCUGGUAGAAGUUAGCUGAUGUAUACUGCAAUAAUCUAAAGCUGAACAAGGAAAGAUCCAAUGCCAUAGAUGCUUAUAAGAAGGCCAUUGAGUUAGUAGAAGGAGAAAACAAUAAAUCUAAGAUAGCUCUUACUCUUAAAGAGCUCUUAUAAGCUGAAAAUAGAGAAGACGAAAUUGAGCCAUUCAGAAAAUACUUGCUUGAUGAGUCACUAACUCAGUGA